UAUCGUUAUUGAAAAAAUUCCGAACGUGCUUUGUUUUCUUAUGAAGUUUUCAAUUGGCCCUUUAAUGUGAAUUGUUUUGGCUGAAUUAUUUUUGAAUUUCCAAUUUCCUUCUUCGUCAUAUCAUAUACGAAGUGCUCGAUGACUGUUAAUCCUAAGUCAGCGAAAUUAUUUAGCUGCUGAUUAAGUGAGGUGUAGCUGUUGCAUCUAAUCGAAUGGCUGAAUCCUAGCAUGGCUAAUGUUCCUCAUGAUAGUGCGAAAGGCAUUCUUAAUAGGCGAGGUCGUAGUUCUAACAUACCAAGUUAGUGAAUAGAACUUUUUAAAGAAACUUCGUGUUGAAAACCUGGAAAUAUUUAGAACUGAACUCUUUAAAUAGCUUAGCUUUCCGCUUUGUGCUUUCGCCUAUUAUAGCGCAUAUAAUUGCAUAAUUUUCUAACUAUUUGUACGUUGAUAUGGCUUGUGCUACUCUAAAACGCAGUUGUGAAUGGGAUCCUCUACAAAGCCCUAGUGGUCGAACACCAAAACGGCGAAGAUGUACUCCAAUUAUGGCUCCUUCACCUAAAAUUUUCAAGUCUUCAAUGGAAUGCUCUUCCCCAUUUGGAGAUGUUGCCUCUAAAUUAACUUCAGAACAGAUAACCGUCAACCUUAGAGAAGAAAUCAAAAAACUGCAACGACGAAAGCAGCUGAAAUUCGACGGAAAUGAUAGUUCUGAUAGCUCCGUCGAAACUCCUUCAACAUCAACAAGUUUAGGCACGGGGCUUAUGGCACCAUCUUGCCGAGACCAGCCGCUGUUCACUUUCCGGCAAGUAGGCCUCAUCUGUGAACGCAUGAUUAAAGAUAGAGAAAAUCAAAUUAGAGAUGAGUAUGAUAAAAUUCUCAAUGCCAAAUUGGCCGAGCAGUACGACACGUUUGUGAAGUUUACCCACGACCAGAUACAGAAGCGGUAUGAGAGUUGUGUACCAAGUUACCUCUCCUAAACUCAUUGAUAUUGAAAUACUUUCACUUUAUGAUGUGAAAAACUUUUGAAAGCAAAAAGGACAUUUAAAAUAUGAUUUGCUUAGAUCUUGAUUUUUUUUCCUCCCCCUGAAGAUUUAUGUGUUUAAAGAGCUGUGUGAAAAGAAAAAUGUUCAUAGACAGUCAAUAUAUAUUUAAUAAACAAGCUAUAUUUGAACUGUGUGUUAUGUGGACAUCAAUUUGGUUUUCUAUGCAUAUGUUGAGAAAACUAAUAGCAAUGACUAUUUUUUCAGACAUGGUACAACUGCUAACCUCUGAAAAGUUUUUUUUUUUUCCCUUUUCAAUCUAAUAUUACCUCUUGAUUAUUAUUCAUAUAUCAAUGCCAAAUGUUUUUCACAAAAGUUUAUUAUCGUAGAUACUAUUCUCCAGCUGAAUUUGUUUUUAAAUUUAAAAUUAUAACUCAAAUUCAUUUGAAGAAUAAUUCCUGCGAUUAACUACUAUUCUUGCAAGCACUGCUUGAACAGAGUAUUAAUAUAUUUCAUUCUAAAUAAUGAGGCUAUAAUUUCAAGUGCCUGAUUUUACUAGAUGUAGAAGUUUCAGUUUUUUGUUCUUACUCCAGUAAUAAUUAGAAAAUUCUCGAGCUGUAUUUUGUGUUCAUGUUAGGAGUGUAAAUACUGUAUGUGCCGUCUGAUAAUGAGGUUAAAAUUGUCAUAUAUUCUUUUUUUCUAUAUAACAUAAGUGAAUGUGUAAUUGUUUGAAUAUCUUUUGGAAAUUUUCAUAUAAGGAACUUUUUGUGAAUGUGCUUUGAUUUUUCAUUUAUUUUAAAUAUUUCUAUCAGGAUUUUGUUUUUUUUGAACUAUGUAAAUUACAGCUUGCUUUUCAAUGAAAAUGUCUUUUUGUAUCCGUAAAAAAAAAGUGUAAAUUUUUCAUGAUAUUAAGCUUAGAAAACUUGUUGUAAGUAUAAGAACUGGAUGCCUUAAAAUUUAUAGCUGUGUUUAGUGACUAUAACUUGCUAAAAUUUUAUACUUGUAUGUUGCUUUUCUGGCUUAAAGUAACUUAUUUCCAAUAA